CCAACCCCAAGGAUCGUCUCAUGCGCUAAGUCGAGGCAAGUGGAUCAACAUCUUGAUACUCGAUGACGGUUGCUGUUGGCAGCAAGACGCCGUUGAUUCUUCAAAUUCCCCAGCUUGCCCAUCGUCUGAUCUUUUUUUCCCUUCCACCAGACCUAUCUCCUUCCCCGCUUUUUUUUUUUUUGUGCUAUACUUGAUUAUCACCCUUCUUUGUGAUCGCGUUACUGUUCUGUCCUGCGUUUGUUUGCACAGAUCCCGUGAGUUUGAACUGCAACUACCCGUUCCCCUCCUCAGAUCUUCAUAUGCUUCAUCUGCUAACAAGAUGUACUUAGUUGCUGGUCAAAGAGGAUA